AUGAGAUGGAGAUGUGGGGGCUUGUAUUAUCUAUCGUCGUCGUCGUCGUCGUCGUUUUUGUUUUAGUGGUUUCCUUUUUGUAUGUUAUGUUGGUUUAAGUUUAUUGAGGUUCAUCGUUGGGCGCCCCCUGGGACCUCGGUGCUUUGACGUACGACGCGGACAUCCGGGGACCCUGCCCACCAACAAAACAGAAUGGCUUCACGGCGAAGAGAAGUCGUCACCAUGAUCAGAUCUAUAGCUGGCUCAUCAUCCCUCCAAGACCAGGCUCCAGUAUCAGAAGAAACACCAAAUAUCACACUCCAACCAAACGCAACAAUCAUGAACUUCGGCGUAUCAACAAAUGAACCAAACGGAGGAUCAGCUGGCCAUGCCAAUGGACAAUCAGCGAGUUCGACACUCCGUGGGGUUGGGACGACGCAUCAUUUCGAUACGCAUAAGAUCGUGAAGAACUUAGAGGCAAGUGGGUACACACACGGACAAGCUACGGUGAUGAUGAAGGCACUGAGGGCUUUGUUGGUGAUUAAGGUUGAGACUGCCAAGGCUGAGUAUUUGUCUCGUGUGGAUCUCGCGAAUCAAACAUAUUUAUUUAAAGCCGCUAUGGCCGAACUACGGCAGGAGACUAUCGCCUUCCGCCGCUCCAGAUCCGAAGCCCUCCACGCCGAACUGGUCGCCCUCCAACAGGCAACCGACUCCCUCGAGCAACACAUCUCCGAACGCAUUGUCUACCUCAACAACGAAACCGCCAUCGACGUCAACUCCUAUAAAGCCGGAAACCGGGCCGUCACAAACGCGAGGGAUAUAAGUAUCCAGGAAUUGGGGCAUAAGUUGACGGUCGCAUUGAGUAGGUUGGGGACAACUGUGGAGAGAAAUCGGUGGAUUGUUACGAAGUAUUAUUUUACUGGGGUGAUCUGUUUUGCGUUCAUGAUGAUUUCUAUUGUGAAUGUGACUAUGGAGGAGGACGAGCCGCCUGAUAUGGGGAAACAGAUGUCGAUACUGGCGAAAUGGAGGGCGAAAUGGAGGGCGAAAAGGAAGGAUUGGGGGAGGGAUCCGGGGAGGGAUCGGGAGGAGAAGCAUGGGGGUGGACAUGAGGUUGAGGAUGAUGGACGGAGGUGGAGGUUGAGGGAUACGGCAAAAGGGGCUACGGAGGUUGCGUGGGUGUCGUUGGGAUGAUGCAUUCGGCGUUACGGGCGUUACUAUACACACUCGAUACCCUAAUUCACCUCGCACCACACAAAAAGUAUGGAGAGGGUUGAAGGGAAAACAGUCAGAUACGGCCAUACCAUGAUGAAAGCACAGGAUCCCGUCCGAUCUCCUAAGUUAAGCAUCAUAGGGCCCAGUCAGUACUAGCGUGGGAGACCAGCUGGGAAUACUCGGGUGCUGUAUCUUUUCUCUUUUGCACUCCUCAGCUUUUUAGUUCUUGUUCUUGUUGGAACACGGACACUGGGGGACGGGCGACAUUCAUGUCUCGCAAUAAUGAUAUUUUAAGCUCGCCC